AUGGUGGCUACGGAUACAGCUACAGCCACUUCUUAUCCCCUCUCAGGGGUCCGUGUCGUCGAGCUAGCCGGGUUGGCGCCGGGACCCUUCGCUGGCCUUCUCCUCGCUGAUUAUGGCGCCUCCGUCCUCCGCGUCGACCGGCCGCAGGGCUCGAGUCCGAUCCCGCCUGUCGCAGCCGACUUGCUCACGCGACAUAAAACCUCCAUCUGUCUGGACCUGAAGAACCUGGCGUCGCGGGCGGUGCUCCUCUCGCUGCUCGCCAAGGCGGACGUGCUCAUCGACCCCUUCCGGCCCGGCGUGCUGGAGCGCCUGGGCCUCUCGCCCACCGACGUCCUGCUGAAGCAGAACCCGCAGCUCAUCGUCGCCCGCAUGACGGGGUUCCGUCGCGAUGGGAAGUACAAGGACAUGGCGGGCCACGACAUCAACUACCUCGCCGUCUCGGGCGUGCUGUCCAUGCUGGGCCGCGCCGGCGAUAACCCCUAUCCGCCCGCCAACAUCCUCGGAGACUUUGCCGGCGGCGGUGCCAUGUGCUUCCUGGGUAUCCUGCUGGCGCUGAUCACCCGCCAGCGCACCGGCCGCGGCCAGGUCGUCGAGGCCAACAUGGUCGACGGGUCCGCGUACCUGGCCACGAUGCCGCGGCUGGCGCUGCACACGCCAUUGUGGGGAGAUCGGCGGGGAGAAAACCUCCUCGACGGGGGGGUGUCCGUACUACACGACAUACGAGACGAAGGACGCGGGGAAAUACUUUGCGGUGGGGGCGCUGGAGCCGCAGUUCUACGCGGCGCUGCUCAAGGGCCUAGGUCUGAAGAUGGAGGAUCUCCCGGCACGAGACGACAAGGCCAACUGGCCCGCGCUACGGGAGAUAUUCGCCAGGAAGUUCAAGGAGAAGACGCGUGCGGAAUGGGAGGCCAUUUUCGACGGAACCGACGCCUGCGCGACGCCGGUGCUGGAGCAGGCCGAGCUGGAGAAGAGCGGGUAUGA